GUUUUACAAAACAAAUGUUUUAAACGCCAAAAAAUAACAAAUAUAAAGAUAAUACUUAUUUUUAAUUAUUAUAUUAAGUAUUGGGAAAUAAAGUGACACAACGCUUAAAUGAAACGAUCGUUUCACCAACUAAAAGCUAAAGUGGAAAUGCCUGAGGAUGUUUUUGAAGAUAGUUUCGAUUGUAAAAAAAGAAUCAAGGAAAGCAUAAGUGAGAGUGUAAGUAGGUUUGAUAAUGAAAAACUCAUAGAAGUAAUGAGAGAUCUUCCGUGUUUAUGGGAUAAAUCUGAUUUAAAAUAUAAAGACAAAAAAUUUAAAGAAGAAAAAUGGGAAGAAAUUGCGGAUCAUUUCAAUACUACAGUAAAAAUCUGCAAACUAAAGUGGCGUAAUUUAAGGGACAGAUACCUUAAGGAGAAAAGAAAGUCUAAUACUUCAUCUGGAAACAAAUUUCAAUCAAACAGUUUUUGGAAAUAUAGUGACACAUUGUCUUUUUUAGACGAAUCGAUACUUCCAACAAUAACAAUUAAUUAUGUGGAAAUGCCUGAGGAUGCUUCCCAAUAUAGCUUCGAAUGUGAAAAUAAAAUUAAAGGGAACAUGAGUGGGGUUUUUGAUAAUGAAAAACUCAUAGAAAUAAUGAGAGAACUUCCGUGUUUGUGGGAUAAAACUGAUGCCAAAUAUAAAAACAAAAAACUUAAAGAAGAAAAAUGGGAAGAAAUCGCAGAGCAUCUAAAUACUACCAUAAAAAUCUGUAAAUUAAAGUGGCGCAAUUUGAGAGACAGAUACUUGAAAGAGAGAAGAAAGUCAAAUACUUCAUCUGGAAGUAAAUAUCAGUCGCAUAAUAUUUGGAAAUAUUGUGACACCAUGUCUUUUUUAGACAAAUCCAUAUUCCCACCAAUAUCAACUAAUAAUACGGAAAUUAAUGAAGUUGUUUUCGAAGAUAACUUAGAUUUUGAGAACGAUAACAGUUCUAACUUAACACCAGAAUCAUCUCGAAAAAGAACACACAGCUCAACAACAGAUGAGUUAAUAAAUUUAAUAAAAAGAAGGCUGCAAGAAAAAGAAGAUUAUUAUAACAAAUCAAUUAAUAACAAAUAUGAAAAUUUUGUAAAUAUGGUUUGUGAACUAAUGGAUCAAAUACCCGAUGAAAAACAUACAUCUAUAAAAAUGGAAGUUCUAAACUUUUUACAUAGUAAAAUUCCAGAAAAAUUUGAAAGAAACGAAUUUUUUUAGUAGAAAAAAAAUUAAUUUUGGAAUUUGAGUUUUAAAGAAGCUACGUAUAUGUGUUCGUAUGUAAAAUGUUUUAUAAGUACGCUGGUAAACUUUGUUAGUUUUUCUAAUAAAUAAUAGUGUAAAUAAAACUUGAUCUAUACUUUGAAUUAAUUUUUUUUUAGACAUAUUGAAUUCAAUUUGAAAAAUUGAAUUAGAAAUUGAUAGAAUGUGGUGUGCAUUAUUAAAAAAUAGCGAUUUAGAUUUUCUACUAGAAUGUACACAAAUUUUUGUUUUGAAAUUUACAUAUGUAAUCAUUUUUUUAAAGUUUAUAUUUUAAUUUUCACUUUUUUACUUUAAUGCUUCGAUUUACUCAUUCAUUCUUUAAUCUAACAAAAAAGAUCGCAAUUAAGGGAUGAACGCAUAUUCAGACAACACGAAUACGUAGUUUUUCUAAUUCGAAAUACAAAUCAAUAAGA